AUGGGGAAGCCGCAGCUCGCGCUCCGGGGAGUGGCGGCGCCGCCGGUGGUGCUGGCGGUGCUGCUGCUGCUCUCCUGCUCCCUCCACGGCGCGAGGGCGGAGGAGGGGGAGUCCGCCGGCCUGGACACGGGCCUGGCCGGCGGCGAGCCCGGCAUGGUCAACACCAGCGCCGUGUCCAUCGGGCAGUCCGGCGUCGCCCGGGCCACCUGGUACGGCGCCCCCAACGGCGCCGGCCCCUACGACAACGGCGGCGCUUGCGGGUUCAAGAACGUGAACCGGUACCCGUUCAUGGCCAUGACCUCCUGCGGCAACCAGCCGCUGUUCAAGGACGGCAAGGGCUGCGGCGCGUGCUACAAGAUCAAGUGCACGAAGCACAAGGCGUGCUCUGGGCGGCAGGAGACGGUGGUGAUCACGGACAUGAACUACUACCCGGUGGCGCCCUACCACUUCGACCUCAGCGGCACCGCCUUCGGCAAGCUCGCCAAGCCCGGCCGCAACGACGAGCUCCGCCACGCCGGCAUCAUCGACAUCCAGUUCACCAGGGUGUCGUGCGAGUUCCCGGGGCUCAAGGUGGGGUUCCACGUGGAGGAGGGGUCCAACGCGGUGUACAUGGCGAUCCUGGUGGAGUACGAGAACGGCGACGGCGACGUGGUGCAGGUGGACCUCAUGGAGUCGGGCCGCCGGGGACGCGGCGGGCGGUGGACGCGGAUGCGCGAGUCGUGGGGCUCCAUCUGGCGCCUCGACUCCAACCACCGCCUCCAGGCGCCCUUCUCCCUCCGCAUCCGCAACGAGUCCGGCAAGACCCUCGUCGCCCGCAACGUCAUCCCCAAGAACUGGAGGCCCAACACCUUCUACCGCUCCAUCGUCCAGUACAGCUAG